GGCAGGCUGGUGGUGACAGGCGAAUGAACCGUUCCUCUCAUCAACUAACUGGAUAAGGAGAAGACAUUACAGGAUAGCUUGAUGGCUAUUCGGUAAACUGCGGUUAAGCUUUGGUACGUCUAACUGCUCGUUUAUUUGCACAGACCCUGGUGCCAGUCAAGUAAGGUGCUGACAAACCGACCAUACACCUACGCUUCGAGUUAGAGGUAGCGUUCACUUCAAAGAGAGGUAACACAUCAGUCUUAACGGUGGCAUUGAGUCCGUACGACAUCACCACUUCUCCUGUCAAGAUAGUACCAACACUCCGUGAAGAUGGGUGACAUUAAGCCGUCGACGUCUCACACUUUUCAAUCGGAGGGUUUUAGCCCGCCUUACAGGAAGAGAAAGAGGACAGUCGAGGAUUUUAACCAGUUUUGUACAUUUGUCUUGGCCUAUGCUGGUUACAUCCCAUACCCCCAAGAGAACUCUUCACUGCGCAGUACGUCUAGCCCCCCCAACAGCACUGGAAGCACAGUUGAUAGUGAUGGCUGGACCCCGGGCCUGUCACCGUCCUGUCCCCAGUACUCCUCUUUGGUCCCCCUGGACAGGAUCAGGAAACGUCCACAACUGGGGGUCACACUGUCUGGUCACACCAAAAAAGAUCACAUGUUCACCACCCUGCAUCCAGACGACCGCAGGAAAGCCGAGAAGCUGAAGAAGAAGAAGAGGAGAAAGGAGAAGGAGCUUCAGACGGAUGAGGAACAGGGGCAGUCUCACUUGACCAUCCCAGGGCUGCAGCCUCCUUUCUCCUUAGGUGGCUUGCCCAUAAAAGAGGAACCAGAAGACGACAUCAGCAUUUCCCUCCAUCCUCAGCAUGGGUCCAUCCCAUCCUCUUGCAAGGAGGAACCCAAAGAAGAGCGCCGGUCCUGGGAUGGACAAGACUUGCAAGAAGGGGUGGUCAAGGUACAGAAAGUAGAGGGCCUUCCAGGAAACAGAACAGUUUUUCGUCAGGGGAAGCAGGUAGUGUUCCGAGAUGAAGAUGGCUCAGGAGAGGAUGAGGACAUCAUGGUGGACUCAGAUGACGAUUCGUGGGACCUGGUGACAUGUUUCUGCAUGAAGCCGUUCGCCGGCCGGGCCAUGAUCGAGUGCAACAAGUGUAACACCUGGAUCCACCUGUCGUGCGCCAAAAUCCGCAAGAGCCACGUGCCGGAAACAUACAUGUGCCAGAGCUGCCGGGAAACCCACGGCCCCCCGGACGCUCGCCGCUCCCACCGCUCUCGCAUAGGUCCACGGAAGCACCUGCUAGAAUAACCUCCACAACAAACUCCACCCUCCAGUUUGUCGGAACUGAUCCCUCGUGGGUAUUUUCUAUGAACACUUGUGGGCCUAUAGCAAACAUCCUAGCUCUACAGAUGUGUACUUGUGCUUCCCUACAGACUCUCUGCGUAAGGCAAUCACUGAAAGAUAUGUGUCUGUAGAUGACUUUAGCAUAGCAGCGUACCUCUACUGUAGGGAUUGUAGUGUCUUGUGAACACUGGAAACUGCCAUAUCGAGUCCCUCCACAAACUGCCACCCUCUCUGGUGCAUUCUGGGAUGUGUCGGAAAGACUCUUUGCACUUUUUCUCACUUAAACGCAACCCUUUUGGCAAUAGGGACAGGUAUGUUGUUCAUAUGAAACUGGAUUUGAUUUCUCCCAGCAGCCUCUUGUUAGUGUUGCAGAGGUGGCUGUUUAGAUGGAGAAAACAAGAUAAGCCUUGACAUAAUUGCUUCAGAUGGUGCUAUAGUAUUAAGCUGAUAAUCCAAUAGAACAAAGAUGUAGUCUGCAUCUGCGUCAUCUGUCUGUCUGUAUUUAAGUUUAUUGUGGCGAAAGAGAAGCCCGGGGGGGGGUUGUUCUUCUCUCUUCUUCUCAAACCGUCUUCCAACCUUGUUUGCUGUGUGUAUCAAUAUGAUAGUCGGCCAGGGGGCGUUCACUUGUUCUCUCUGACUUUAUAUCUGACACUACAUCCCACUCCCUGUGUUUUGCUUCAUAUAUAAUUUCUUCCUACAUCCCUUUUUUCAUUCUGAAGCUUUCAGAGGCAAAUAUAUUUAUAGAAAGGACUCCUAUGGCCAUUCAGCUUCAACAACUGGAAUAGUGUUUGACUCUCCAGUGUUUAAUAUGCAUGUGAGUGAUUUGAGUGAGAAAGUCAAUGCAUGUGCUGCUAUGAAAAAUCUAUACUUUGUUUCAUUUUCUAAGAAUCUAAUCUGCAAAUGAUCACCUUUGGGGUGUGUGUGCGUUUGAGAGAGGAGAGUGAAAACACGACAAGUCUCAUCACUUCUUCCCAACAGUAUUCACUUACAUUAUUGGAAAUGCUUAUUUUUUACAGUCGUUUUCCCUGAAGCUUGCUGCCAUUUGGAUAAAAUAUUUUAGCAAAUGUGCCAUGGACCUGUUUGUGUAGGCUAUAUUUUGUGUGUAAUUAAACAAAAGCCAUACUCCUUACACAGUGACGAACAUUAAGUAUGAUACAUGUGGUUGGCAAACCGGUGAAGUACAUCCACGCACUUCUGAUGUUACGUUGCAAAAAUAAUCAGCCAGGUUGUGAUGUAUCCUAAGCCACUUAGAGAGCCUGAAGCCCUCAUUUUAAUUCUAACAUAUAAAUCUGUAAUUAGCUGGUUUAUUCCAAUGGGUUGGGUUGUCCUCUGCCCUUUUAUUGACAAAGCAUCAUCUGUACUGUGGUGAAAACUGUUUCUAUGAAACUAUUGUAAAUAAACAGUUACCGUUUUA